GGGCGGUCCAAACGUGGUCCAGCGAAGCGGAGCACGGACAUCCCUGCAUCCACAUCUGCACGGUGCCCCAACGGCUCCAAACGGUAAGCGGCGUCGGGAGGCCUCCGUUCAUCGACGCGAAAUGCCGGCCGGCGUCCACCAAGAAGGAGAUCUUCGAAGAAAGCCGACAGGAUGGAUCGACGAUUGGGCAACGGCAGACCGGCAGGCACAGCCUCAGGAGCGAGCAAUCGGCAACACAGUGCGGACUCUGUGGCAAAGCGGCCGUACGACCCGAGGUUAUACAGGCCUGCCUUCUCACGAGAUUCCUCUGCCGCCAUCGCAUGACGAGGGGGGAGACGCCAGGUCGUCGACUUUGUCGUUGGGAAGUGGGUCGACGCAGGAAUGGGUGGCGACGCAGUCGUGCGGAGGCAGGCGGGUGGAGACCCCGUGGUCUUACACGUCACAGCUGAACGAGGGGCUGUGCGACGACGGCGGCAAUGCAGCGGUUGAUCUUAGCUUCCAGUUGUCCAGCAGCAGCGGAGCAGCAUCAAUGCACACUCGGAUCAUCAAUCCCCACCCGGGUGUGGAUUGCACAGACAACACGCUUGGCGGUGUGAGCAGGCUGCGAGACGGAGGUCUGCCUCAUACACUUCGUGAAGGUGGUGGUAAACGGAAUGAGUCGACGUCGACCAUCGGCGGAGGAGCCGGUGCGCGUGAACGUCCAGAGUGGAUGCGGUUGUCACCUGCGUCGCGAAGCGGAUCCGACGCUCCUUUUGGACGGAAGCGACCGGAGGAUUUGUGUCAGGAAGGUGCGGACGUCCACAAGUUCCAGAACCUCUCCGGCGGGAAAGAGUCCUUCAAGCUUGCAUCGAAGGACAAGUGGUCAGAGGGCUUCAACUUCGUCAUGGACCGGAGCAUGUACGACGAAAUGGAGGCCAUGACGAAGGGGGAUCACAUGAUCCACCCGAAAAAUUUGGCGGACACGGGGGCGGCCGGUGGGGUUCAGAUGCCGGCAGACGCGGGUGCUGCAGGGGACACCAUGGCCACUGAGGGUGGAGGGGAGGCAGCCGAUGAGGAGCAGGAGUCGACGAAAUACUCCACAUUCAGCGCGGGGAGCGGCGGCGGUUAUGGGAAGAGGAAGAACAUGCGGCAACAAACCUUUGAGGUCGUCGCCGACGUCAUGGACAAGCAUGGUGCGCUUAUGGCGAGCACAAUGGACAGCCCGAGCAAGCGGCAAUGCUCCAUGAUGUUACAUCAGUGCGAAAUCCUGGAGAGCGAAGUGGAAUGUCGUCGUCGAUCGUCGGUGUGGAUCUUUUCGCUGUCCUUCUCGCCUCGGAUCCUUCUCGCCGCGGAUCCGUAUCGCCCCUUCGGAGGUCCGGCGUCCAUUAGUCGCGAAGAUCUUCUUCUCGCUGCGGAGCAGUGUUCAUCUCCUUCUCGUGUGGGACUUCAUCAGCGUCGUCGUCGAUCAUCGCUCUGGAUCUUCUCGCUCUCCUUCUCGCCGCGGAUCCUUCUCGUCGCGGAUCCGUAUCGCUCCUUCGGAGGUCCGGCGCCCAUUAGUCGCGAAGAUCUUCUUCUCGCCGCGGAGCAGUGUUCAUCUCCUUCUCGUGUGGGACUUCAUCAGUGUUGUCGUCGAUCAUCGCUCUGGAUCUUCUCGCUCUCCUUCUCGCCGCAGAUACGUGUCGCCCCUUUGGAGGUCCGUCGUCGCUUAGUCGUGAAGUUCUUCUUCUCGCCGCGGAGAAGUGUCCGCAGUGUUCAUCUCCUUAUCGCGUUGGCGGACACGUGGAGAGGCGAGAAGCAUGUCUACGCGAGGCGGCGCCCGUGGGAAGAAGCGGUAAAACAUCCCCGCGAACAGUCAGGGCGGGAAAGGGGUCGGCGGCAUGUCCCGAAGGCGAAGAGGCUCCGUUCGGAAGAAGCAUCAGCAAGCCUGCCUCUUCGGCGAGGGCGAAGUUGGACGGCAGCCAACGAAGAGGAAGAUGACGACGUCUUCACGACGGAGGAGAAAGCAGCAGAGGACAACGUGGCGGCGCCUCAGGGAAGCACUCUUCAACGCUCAUCUGAUCAGAGCGGUGCGAGAAGAUUGGUGACGCCCCCCCCGGAGGCGCAACAAGUGCGUGCGCACAACACCCAGAAGGCGAAGGAGGUUGUCGUCGACGUCGGCCGCGAGGACAACGAGCCGUUGGAAAGCCGCAGACAGCGCAAUGUGACACAAGGCGCCACGGAGACGCCAGUCAGGAUACUCGUCGCGACUAGAGAAAGGCCACCUCAGGGUGGCCUGCCCUUGACGCUGUCCCAGCCGCGCCCGCGCAGCACGGUUGCAGAGGGGGGCUCCAUGAAACGAGGGGGAGGGGAGGGGGCCCAGCAAAAAGCGCGCGUGGCGGGUGGGGGUGCCAUCGCUGCUGCAGCCGCGGGGUGUUCGGGCAAUGUUGGUGCAGUGGCGAGGGCGAGAGAAGAGGUCCUAGUUGUAGAGCCGGAGGCGACACGCAUCGACAACAAGGGUGAAAGUGAGGAUGAAGACCCCCUUCUAAGCCAGGUUUUGAGGGGAGGGAAUGCGAGAGAGGUGGCCGACGGUGCCCGCCUAUGGGUCGAUGACAAAGCGUUCUGGACGACGGGGGAGGGGCGAAGGCUGUACAACAUCAUCCACGAAUCGCAGGAGUACUUUGUCGCCAUCGCCAGCGGGAUGCAAACGCCCUCCGUGCCCAGGAGCGUCGUCAUGCCGAAAUCGUCGACGACCCUCACACAAAUUGCGGAUCCCGCACAACUACAGCAGGCAAUCGCCCGCACGACGGCAACGAAAAAUAUUGCUCUACGCGUCUUGCAUGGAUGGGUCUUCAAGUCCGGGAACCGCCCCCGAGGAUUCAAUAUCGCUUUCCAGUACGCGCUGGAGUCGGUGGCGACCGACAUUGCGCGCGUCAUGUGGUACGGCGAGGAGUGGAGCAACGUUGUGAGCGCAGCCGUUUGCGCGCACACAAUCGACCUGAACAUGGACUUGCCAUUGUGGUUUGCGGGCGCGAUCAUCGAAGACAGGCCGGAGGAUGACGACAUGGCGGCGCACCAGGAGGCGACCGUCAUAUGCAUCGCGCAUGCAUUUCGUGCAGCGGUGCAAAUGGGUGGCAUUGUCCACGGCGGGUUCGUCUUGCACUAACCUCUGUCUAGAAUCGCGGAUUGGUUCAGACUUUUAUUGGCUGCCUGCAUGUGGUUGAUGCGCAUGGCGGGAGACGA